UCUCUCGUUCUGAUGUUGACGAUAGGUGCUGGGCUGGUAGUGGCCGAGGGCGGCCCAAGCACCUUCGGCUACGACGCCUCAUCGGCCUGCACUCAGCGAGUCGCCAGAGCACACAUCGAGAAGCUGCCCUGUGACUUUAGCCGUGAUAAUUGGUGUAGUGUCGCUGGUAAUGCCUAUCCAUGGCAAGCCGUGCGAAGAUUCGUGCAGGAAAACCAAGGACUGAUGAGGCGUAUGUAUGGGGACGAGAAGCACAUCGACAUCUUCAAGAGUGAAUUUGACAAAAACGACGUUGAGUUGGAACUGGCGGACGAGCAUAAUCACCUAUACUCGGGCGAUUUAAACCCUCUAUUCUCGCAAUACCAAUUGGACAUGGAACACGAGCUGGAUCAGCCGAUAACGCGACGUCGCAGCCGUGAAUACUCGUCUCGUGCAUCGAGUGUCGGCGCAGCGAGCAAGCACGACAAGCCGCCCAACGAUUUGGAAAAGUCAACGAAAGACUCGUCCACGUUGAGCACUACGUUCGCGACCACGUCGACGUCGUUGGCUACCACGCCACACAGGACGAAAAUGUCACCAGUGCCGUCGAGCAUGACAACCGGUCCAAGUAACGCGACUUCGAGUUCGUCGACCACGCCAAUCGUGAUGCUCGCGCAGAUCGCCAACAUACAGAAUCUGAGUAUCAAUGAGAUUCACGGACAAAUCGAUCGACUCGACGCCAACGCCGAGGAACUAACGGAGAUACCUCUGAACGAAACGUCGAGUGCUCCGUUGGAAAACGAUCAUGACGAUGAUCUCGAGGACGUUUACUCGGCCAUCGACAGCGUAGCCGAAGAAGAUGAAGAUUCACAAGCGGACGAGUCCCAACAGUUCAGACCUAGACCCGAGUAUCGACCACCCGAAGCGGUUAGACCGGAAAAUUCGAACGUGGGAUCAGUGGGUACGAAGCAGGGUCAGCUGUUCCAGGACGUGGCUAAUAAAGAUAAACAGCAGGAGUCGUCGGUUUUGAAAGUGCGGGGAAUAAACGCCUGUGCCGUCAAGGAAGAAGUGGUCGCGCCGUUCUGGGCUAACAAUACCAGAGGUGAAGUCUUAGCUUUGCUGAAUAUGUACCCGUUCGAGCAAUACGUUCACUGGGAGAAAUGCACGCACGAAAACAAACAGAUGUACUGCCGUGACGGCUGCAGGUGCGAGCAGCAGUACCGCCUACAUCGUCUUCUAGCUUACGACCCGAACAACGAGUGCCGCGGUAUCUUCAGCGAUUGGUUCAAAUUUCCAAGCUGUUGUAUCUGUCGCUGCUACGAUUUGCCGCUCGAAUUCCGGGUCACUUCGCGCGCGCCGAGAGCGAGCCUCGCCAAGCGCAAGUUGAGCGUUCGCGCGCCGCAGUCGCCACCGAUCACGCGUCAGAGGGUUCGUCAUUGAGGGUCACGUCAUUUCCUCAAGAUUCAAUCGGCAUCGCGCGUUUCGCGUUUCUCGUCGCGGCGCGAUAAUUCAAGUCGCUCUUUCAUUUACUCAACCAGAAUAGACAUUGUUGUAAGCGAAUCCAUCAUUAAAAAAGUUUAUUCUAUAAUCAGUCGACGUUUUACGCAUACAUAUAGUGAUAUAGAGUGACUGAAUGCAAAUUAAGGCUCGUGAAACAAAAUAGUUAAGCCAUUAUUUAUAGCGACUUUUCCGUUCGUUUGUAUUGCACGUUUAAGCAAUAAGAUGUACGACAGCAGAUACCGUAAUGAUCCAAUUUU